AUGGCUGAUCAAGAUAAAAAUCCACGAAUUUGGAACAUCGAAGAAGGUCAAGCAUACUUUGACGACUUGAUAAGACUUCUUCGUAAUCCAAAUGUAAGUGUUGACGAAACGGCUGAUACUGGGCACAUCAACGCAACUGCGAAUCAUUUUCCUUUCCAAUUCCAGAAGGGAGCACCUGUCACAAAAGCCAAGGCUUGUUCCCGGAUCUUUGAAUACAUCCGCGUCUUUAUAAUCGAAUACAAAGAUGUCAUAUCGGGCGGACACGAAUUCCGCGAGGAAGUUGAGACAGAUGAUCUCGGUCAACUAUGUGGAAUGCUCGACACAGUGAUCCGGACGCUCCCUCCAGUGAAGGAUCAUGAGCAGCCAGAGCGAAGGAUUGUCUGUUUCAUUGAUGGUGUGGGUUCUCGCAGUGAUGUAGAGGAUUCUUCCGGAGUGGCCAAGGUCAUACAGACCUUGCUGAAGAUGGUCCGUCUAAGUCACACUGGCAAUGACUACGUACCGACAUUCCAACUGAUCUGUACGAGUCCUCGUCUAGGCGACUGGGAUGAUGCACUCUUCCCAAAUGGAGACACUUGCCAAAUUAUUGAUUUAGCACUACCACUGCUGGCAUCUGCACCCUCGACCUGA